AUGCGGCCUAUCCAUUUCAUAGUCUGGGCCCUAGCACCCGCGUCGAUUCUGGUGCAUGCCUUCUCAGCGAAUGGCAGCUCGUCGUCAACUUCAGCCAUCAAGGAUCUCUCCCGACGGAAUGACGACUUGCACUCUGAAUUCGCAGGGGCAGUCAUCCGCGGUGUCAAGAAGAUGUCCGAGGAUGAGGGGGAGAAGUUCUUCUUUAAUUAUUGGGACUUUGAAGGGGCACACGAGGUUGGUCUGACCACAACCGAGACGUAUAGCUCUCAAAGCUACGGCAACCACGAGGCACCGGAGAUCCAGCCUCGGGCAUAUCCAUUUCGGCCGUCGGUGCCGAUUAAUAUGGGCUUCAGCCCGCUGUUCCGGCGAGAUUUCAAGUGCCCGACUGGCACUUUCGCUUGUACGGCGAUUGACCGGCCGGACAGCUGUUGUGGUGCUGGAGAUACCUGUGUGCUGGUCCAGGACACUGGGUUGGGUGACGUAGGCUGCUGUCCUCAAGGCCAGACUUGUUCUGGCGUCAUCGGGUCCUGUCAGCAGGGGUACAUGAGCUGUCCGGCUUCCAUGGGAGGCGGUUGCUGUAUUCCCGGCUAUGAGUGUGUCAGUGGCGGAUGUGCCAACGUCUUCACGGUGACGAUAACCUUGAGUUCCACCGUCAUAGUGUCGACUGGUACUCGGACCGUUCCUCCAGAGACAACCCACUCCUCGAGCAGCAGCACUAGCAGCACCAGCAGCAGGACAACACAAUCCACAGGCGGACUGACGCCUCCAGCUCGACCUACCAGCCUCUCCACCGCCACCACCUCCCAGAGCAGCCAGACAGGCUCAAUCUGUCCGACCGGGUUCUAUGCGUGUUCUGCUUAUUACGAAGGAGGCUGCUGCCGGACAGGGCGAGACUGUGACACUACGUCCUGCCCUGCGAAGGCAUCAUCGACCAUCACAUCGGACGGCCGUACCAUCGUCGUGCCAGCCCAAACGACGACAGCGGCCAGUGGAACGGGACGAUGCGCCAGCGGCUGGUUUAGCUGUGCAGACACUGUGGGUGGAGGAUGCUGCCCAACUGGGUAUGCAUGUGGUUCCAGCUGUACCGCUGUAGCAAGUGUAUCUGCUAGCGGAACCCUGGCCAAGAGCCAGCCGGAGAAUGAAGCCAGCCGGCACUCGAUCAGGGCGAUAUGGGCGAUUGGUGCUCUAGGGUUGAUGAUGUUGUGGAUAUAG